AUGGACACCCUCAAGGCUGCGCUCGCGAGGUGCAAGCCGAGUCCUCAUGUCGUCGAGAAGCUGAUGACCAUCAAACGAAAGACACCCGUCCUCAAAGACCUCCAUUAUAAUUUUAUCUGCCUUCACUAUGCUUGGAUUAUCGGCGUUACGUUGGUUGGCUCCAUUAUCCUCUAUCCCGCCGGAAAUAUGUCCUACAUCGAUGCGCUAUUCUUCGCCUCUGGUUCCGCAACCCAGAGUGGCCUCAACACUAUUGAUGUGAAUAAUCUGUACACUUAUCAACAAGUUUGGCUAUGGAUGGGUUCCAUGAUUGCCAACCCGAUCGUCAUCCACGGGGCUGUCGUCUUCGUCCGCUUAUAUUGGUUCGAACAACGCUUUCAACAUGUGGUCCGUGAAGCGAAAGCAUUACGGAGAUCCCGGUCGCGGUCGAGAGCUACAACCCGCGAGCCAGAGGACAACAAUGACAUACACCGGGCUGAAGCUGGAGUUCGUGGUCGCGAUAUAGUGGUGCUUCGAAACAAUGAAGGUCACGCACACGGCCGCUUCUUGGACACCCCGAAGAAAGAACAGGAAUCUACCUCCGAGAGCGAUUCGUCUAUCCAACAUCCUGAUGCUCAGGGAGAGUCUACGAACGGGCAAACUAAAGAUAGCCCCAAGGAAGGCAAUUCCUCGCUUGCACCUUCUCACUUCCCGGGAGAUGCUAGAAUCCAGUGGUCUGUUCCUCCAGACAGUGAACGGCAUAUCACCUUCCUCGAGCACCAAAGGAGACAGACUGGUGCUCUGCGUAUACCUAGUCCCAGAGAAUUCGACAGAGGCGGUAUGCCAGAGGCACUUGACGAAAUAGUAGAUGGAUCUGAGCUGCACCGCAAGGCCACCGUUCAAUCCGACCAAGGCCAUGACCAGCUUGGGCAUACUUUUUCACCUCCUUCGUCUCCUGGGCCGAUCAACCAACACAUUACCAUUGAUGAGCCUAAUGUCGCCCGCACACGGAAAACUAUUCAAUCCAGACAAGGCGAGCAGGGCGCCAGAGAUGGAGACGAAGCCUCAACUCUACGGCGAGUGGCAUCCCGUAGAUCAAUGGUGUCAAGCUUCAUACGCUCUCGAACCCAAGAACAGGCCCAAGAAGCCCCAUACCUUAGCUGGGAGCCUACUAUCGGGCGAAAUUCUGCUUUCGUAGACUUGUCUGAAGCUCAAAGGGAAGAAUUGGGUGGCAUUGAAUACCGGGCUCUCAAGGCGCUCGCUAUCGUUCUCCUGGGAUAUUUCUUCUUCUUCCACCUCCUUGGUAUUAUUUGCUUGAUACCCUGGAUUCUAAACACCAGAUGGGGGGCUAUCGUCCAGGCUGCAGGCCAGGGAAGACCAUGGUGGGCCGUAUUUUCAGCCGGCUCUGCCUUUAACGACCAAGGCUUCACAAUCACACCCGAUUCUAUGGCUUCAUUCUACGAUGCGAUAUUUCCUAUGCUUCUGAUGACCUUCCUUAUUCUCAUCGGAAAUACAGGAUUUCCUUGCAUGUUGCGCUUUGUCAUUUGGUUCUUUUCAAAAAUAGUACCAACUGGAAGCAGCGUCUGGGAAGAGUUGAAAUUCCUCCUAGACCACCCCAGACGUUGUUUCACGCUGCUGUUCCCAAGCUCGGCUAACUGGUGGUUGUUUUGGGUGCUUGUCCUUUUGAAUGGCGUUGAUUUGAUCUUUUUCGUCGUCCUUGAUUUGAAUGACCCAGAUGUUACUCGUAUUCCUGGUGGGAUACGUUUUGUCGAUGGUCUAUUUCAGGCAGCGGCUACCCGAACUGCGGGUCUAUCGGUCAUCAGUCUUACAACUCUUCACCCGGCCAUACAGGUGUCAUAUAUGAUCAUGAUGUAUAUAUCCGUAUUCCCCAUCGCUAUCUCCAUGCGCCGAACGAACGUCUACGAGGAAAAAAGUCUGGGCAUAUACUCCGACCCAGAUGAAUACAGCGAGAACGGAAAGGAGCCAAGUUUCGUUGGCGCUCAUUUGCAGAAGCAGCUUAGUUUCGAUAUCUGGUAUAUCUUCCUGGGCCUGUUCGUCAUCGCAAUCAUUGAAGGGAACCGAUUAGACAACCAGAAAGAUAUCGGGUUCUCUCUCUUCGCCGUUUUAUUCGAAGUCGUCUCUGCCUAUGGUACCGUCGGCCUUUCCCUGGGUUAUCCUAACACCAACACUUCGUUCUCCGCCCAAUUCCACACACUUUCAAAACUUGUCAUCAUUGCCAUGGAGAUUCGAGGCAGACACCGUGGUUUGCCGUACGCACUUGAUCGCGCAGUGCUGCUACCUUCCGAAGCACUGCAUCGAAAGGAAGAAGACGAUGCGACUAAGCGCCUCAGGCGACGCAGUUCCAACGUCAGCACACUGUCUUCUGCAACUGGAUAUGGUACUGGCAUUUUCCGAGAUGACGGUCUGAUAUCGCGACAGCCUGCUGGGCCCUCGGAUGUGCCUCCAAAUACUGCUUCCUCCGGGCGCACAAAGUCCGCUGCACAUCGCCUAUCUACGCAUCAGGAACGUGCUUGA